CAGGCAGUUCCAGCCAAGGGAGAGAACAAGCAGGACUGCUGCAUGAAAACUGAGCUGCUGAGGGAAGAUAUAUCUAUGGCUGCCGAUGAAGGUUCCACAGAGAAACAGGCAGGAGAGGCUCCCGUGGCCCCAGAUGGUGAAACCAAUGGAUCUUGUGAAAAGAGUGGUGACACCAGCCAUUCAAAUGUAGCCAAACAUACUCAGGAGAGCACAAGAGCUAGCCCAGAGGAAGGUACCAACAGAGCAUCCCGGGUGGCGGAAAAUGGGCUUUCAGAAAGGGACACAGAAGUGGGGAAGCAAAACCAUGUCACAGCUGACGACUUCAUGCAGACUUCUGUCAUUGGCAGCAAUGGAUACUUCUUAAAUAAGCCAGCCCUGCAGGGGCAGCCCUUGAGGACUCCCAACACUUUGGCCUCCUCUCUUCCUGGCCAUGCUGCAAAAACCCUUCCUGGUGGGGCCAGUAAAGGCAGGACUCCAAGUGCACUUCCUCAGAUACCAACCACAGCGCCUGCUGUCCCUGGGGAAGGGAGUGCAGACACAGAGGACAGGAAGCCUACAGCCUCGGGUACCGACGUCAGGGUUCACAGGGCACGCAAGACCAUGCCGAAGUCCAUCCUGGGCCUGCAUGCAACCAGCAAAGACCACAGAGAAGUUCGAGAUCAUAAGGAACCAAAAGAAGAUAUCAGCAGAAAUAUUUCUGAAUGUGGACGACAGCAGCUUUUACCCACGUUCCCAGCCCUCCACCAGUCGCUACCUCAGAACCAAUGUUACAUGGCCACCACAAAGUCACAGACAGCUUGCUUGCCUUUUGUUUUAGCAGCUGCAGUAUCUCGGAAGAAAAAACGAAGAAUGGGAACCUAUAGCCUGGUUCCCAAGAAAAAGACCAAAGUAUUAAAGCAGAGGACGGUGAUCGAAAUGUUUAAGAGCAUAACUCAUUCCACUGUGGGCCCCAAGGGCGAGAAGGCCUUGGGUGACAGUACCCUGCAUGUGAACGGGGAGAGCUUGGAGAUGGACUCAGAAGAUGAUGACUCGGAUGAGCUUGAGGAGGACGAGGACCAUGGAGUUGAGCAGGCUGCUGCAUUUCCCACCGAGGACAGCAGGACUUCUAAAGAGAGCAUGUCCGAGACUGAUCGUACUACAAAGAUGGAUGGUGAUUCGGAAGAGGAGCAGGAGUCACCUGACACAGGAGAGGAUGAAGACGGCGGAGAUGAGUCUGACCUGAGUUCUGAAUCCAGUAUCAAGAAGAAAUUCCUGAAGAGGAGAGGGAAGACUGAUAGCCCCUGGAUCAAGCCUGCUCGGAAAAGGAGGCGGAGAAGUAGAAAGAAGCCAAGCAGCUUGCUUGGUUCCGAGACUUGUAAGUUGUCUCCAACUGAGCAGAACGCUCUGGGAGACAGCACCGGGUAUAUGGAAGUUUCUUUGGACUCCCUGGAUCUCCGUGUCAGAGGAAUUCUGUCUUCCCAGACAGAAAAUGAAGGGCUGACCAAUGGUCCUGAUGUGCUGGAGACGGAUGGCCUCCAGGAAGUGCCUCUCUGCAGCUGCCGCAUGGAAACCUCCAAGAGCCGCGAGAUCAGCACCCUGGCCAACAACCAGUGCAUGGCCACCGAGAGCGUGGAUCAUGAAUUGGGCCGGUGUACAAACAGCGUGGUCAAGUAUGAGCUGAUGCGCCCAUCCAACAAGGCACCACUCUUGGUGCUGUGUGAAGACCAUCGGGGUCGCAUGGUGAAGCACCAGUGCUGUCCUGGCUGCGGCUACUUCUGCACGGCGGGUAAUUUCAUGGAAUGCCAGCCCGAGAGCAGCAUCUCUCACCGUUUCCAUAAGGACUGUGCCUCUCGAGUCAACAAUGCCAGCUACUGUCCCCAUUGUGGGGAAGAGAUGUCCAAGGCCAAAGAGGUGACCAUAGCAAAAGCAGACACAACCUCCACAGUGACCCCAGUCCCUGGACAGGAGAAGAGCUUGGUCGCUGAGGGCAGGGCUGACACGACCACGGGCAGCAUUGCUGGAGCCUCAGAGGAUGACAAAUCGCAGAGCACAGCUCCCCAGGCACCAGAAGGCUUCGAUCCUGUAGGGCCAACUGGGUUUGUAAGGCCGACUUCUGGCCUUUCCCAGGGCCCUGGAAAGGAAACUUUGGAAAGUGCUCUAAUCGCGCUGGACUCAGAAAAACCCAAGAAGCUUCGCUUUCAUCCGAAGCAGCUGUACUUCUCUGCCAGGCAGGGCGAGCUGCAGAAGGUGCUUCUCAUGCUGGUUGAUGGAAUCGAUCCCAACUUCAAAAUGGAACACCAGAGUAAGCGUUCCCCAUUGCAUGCUGCUGCGGAGGCUGGCCACGUGGACAUCUGUCACAUGCUGGUUCAGGCGGGCGCCAAUAUUGACACCUGCUCAGAAGACCAGCGGACUCCCCUUAUGGAGGCUGCAGAAAACAACCACUUGGAUGCAGUGAAGUACCUCAUCAAGGCCGGAGCACAGGUGGAUCCGAAGGUACCCACCCCGUCAGAGCAGUUAGCCAAGAAGAGAAAUAGAAAGCAUCCAGAUUGGAAAGAGGAGGAUGCAGAGGGCUCCACUUGUUUGCACUUGGCUGCCAAGAAAGGUCACUAUGAUGUGGUUCAAUAUCUGCUUUCAAAUGGACAGAUGGAUGUCAACUGCCAGGAUGAUGGUGGUUGGACACCCAUGAUCUGGGCCACUGAAUACAAGCACGUGGAGCUGGUGAAACUGCUGCUGUCCAGGGGCUCUGACAUCAAUAUCCGGGAUAAUGAGGAGAACAUUUGCUUGCACUGGGCAGCAUUCUCAGGCUGUGUGGACAUAGCCGAGAUACUCCUGGCUGCCAAGUGCGACCUGCAUGCCGUGAACAUCCAUGGAGACUCACCCCUUCACAUUGCAGCCAGAGAGAAUCGCUACGACUGUGUUGUCCUCUUUCUUUCUCGGGAUUCAGAUGUUACUUUGAAAAACAAGGAAGGAGAGACACCCUUACAGUGUGCAAGCCUCAACUCCCAGGUGUGGAGUGCACUGCAAAUGAGUAAGGCACUUCGGGAUUCGGCCCCUGACAAGCCUGUUGCUGUCGAGAAGACAAUAAGCAGAGACAUUGCUCGAGGUUAUGAGCGCAUUCCCAUCCCCUGUGUUAAUGCUGUGGAUAGUGAGCUGUGCCCAACCAACUACAAGUACGUCUCUCAGAACUGCGUGACGUCCCCCAUGAACAUUGACAGAAACAUCACUCAUCUGCAGUACUGCGUGUGUGUGGAUGAUUGUUCCUCCAGCACCUGCAUGUGUGGCCAGCUCAGCAUGCGCUGUUGGUACGAUAAGGACGGCCGACUCCUGCCUGAGUUUAAUAUGGCAGAGCCACCCUUGAUCUUCGAGUGCAAUCAUGCCUGCUCCUGCUGGAGGAAUUGCCGCAAUCGUGUGGUGCAGAACGGGCUCAGGGCAAGGCUGCAGCUUUAUCGGACACAGGACAUGGGCUGGGGUGUGCGGUCCUUGCAGGAUAUCCCACUGGGUACCUUUGUCUGCGAGUAUGUUGGGGAGCUGAUUUCCGACUCUGAAGCUGAUGUUCGGGAAGAAGACUCCUACCUCUUUGAUCUUGACAAUAAGGAUGGAGAGGUAUACUGCAUUGACGCUCGGUUCUAUGGGAACGUCAGCCGGUUCAUAAACCACCACUGCGAACCCAACCUUGUGCCUGUGCGUGUGUUCAUGUCUCACCAGGACCUGCGGUUUCCCAGGAUUGCCUUCUUCAGUACCCGCCUGAUCCAGGCUGGGGAGCAGCUGGGGUUUGACUACGGGGAACGUUUCUGGGAUGUCAAGGGCAAGCUCUUCAGUUGCCGGUGUGGGUCCUCCAAGUGCCGGCACUCAAGCGCAGCCCUGGCCCAGCGACAGGCCAGUGCAGCCCAGGAAGCCCAGGAGAACGGCCUUCCGGACACCAGCUCUGCAGCUGCUGCUGACCCCCUAUGAGUUGCCAGUGGGGCCAGCAGGACACUGGGAAUCAGAUUCUGUGACUGCAGUUUAGAGAGGAGGAGGAGGAGGAUCUGCACAUGACAUCCAAGAGGAACUGGAGGUGUGGACACCUCCCAGGAAUGAUCUGGGCCUGAGGCCUUGUGGCUGACCCAUUGUUCAGGCUGGACCACACCUCUGAUCAUGCGCCUCAGAGACCUGGGGCUCCAUGUUACAUACCUUGUGAGUUCCUGGUGGUAGCUGUCGCUGCAGUGCUUCCCAUUUCUCCUGGUCUCUGAGGCCUUUGCUCCACCACCAGAUUUGUCUGUGUACUGUCUGGCCAGGCUCCUAUGUGGCACUCACCAAGGCCACCAUCACCCACAAGCUGCUCCGUUAGACCUGCUACCCACGGCCUGUGUGCUGGCGCCGGCUCCCUGGUGCCGCUGGAGGACGCUAGCUCCCUCAUGGCCUUGGAGAGGUCACCCACCUGCCAUUUGCUUUGGUGAAAAUGUGGGUUUGCUUUUUAAAGAAAUCUUAUAUCUAGUCCUAUAUAUCAAGGCUCUUACUGGUGUUUCUUUGCGAGGAAGCAGGUUGGUGGAUGCAGGCAGACCCUGCACCAGCCCCAGCCAGUUCCGUUGAUGCAGCAGGCACCUUCUGUUGAUUUCUAAGCCACAUGCUAUGAUGAUGAAUAAACUGGUUUGUUUUCUACCAUUACCUAACAUUAGGACAAACAAAGAAUAAAAACACAAAACAUAGACAACGGUGCUGAAUCUGGUGUGGUUUCUACUCACCACGUGAAAAUAAACUAUCAACUGUAAAAAGAGAACAAAGUGAUUUUAGAAUAAAACACAAGAAAAUCUUUUUUAAAAUGUUAGUCUUGUAGUGUGAAUAAACUUGCCAUCACCUUUUGUGUGAUGGCCUGGCA